GCGGCCAGUCAAUCCAGUGCUGUAGUCGCUUGCCGCGGUGGAUGCGAAUCGUUCCCGUGUCUAUGCCGCAGUGAAAAAUCUGGUGGGUGACAGACUUCGUGAUUUCGUCCACCAUAUAAUCAAACGCGGGAAGAUGUUCCGGCUGUUGCUGCUUGUUGCCUGUCUGGGAGCUAUCCAGGCCCAGAAGAUGCAUAUCACCCUAAAAACAAAGGAUGCUCCUGAGCAGAAUCCGAAUUUGACUCCGAAGGAGGACGCUCCUUCGUUCCAUGUGCAGCUGCUGAAAAACAUCAAGGCGAAGGGAGUGCAGACAUUUGUGGGGGAGAUCUCGCUAGGGACGCCUCCCCAGCUGAUGUCGGUUUCGGUGGAGACGAGCAGCGCCCUCUCCUACUUCCCAUCUGUGAGAUGCGAGGAUCAAUUUUGCAAGUCGCGCCGCCAGUACAACUCGUCCGCUUCGUCCACUUACGAGGCGUUGGGAACUCCAUUCGAGCUGCCGCCCGGCAUAAACGCCAGUGGAGUGCUCUCCAAGGACUCCAUCAGCUUUGCGGGCAUCACCGUCGAAGGCGUCGUGUUCGGCGAGGCGGAGAGCAUGUGGAACAAGUGGCUGUCGAUCCUGCCGCCAGACGGCGUGCUCGGUCUGGGGCUGCAGGGCAUGGCUCCGGAGGGCGUGCGUCCCAUCCUGGACGUGAUGGCCGAGCAGGGCGUCAUCUCGGAGCGGGUGUUCGGGAUGUGGCUGGGCAGGGACCCGCAGGGCGGCGAGCUCACCCUGGGCGGACUGAACGACCAGCUGUACCGGGGCGAGCUGACCUGGGCCAACCUGACGCCGCCGGACGGCCAGUGGUGGACCGCGCCGGCCGACUCCAUCGUCCUGGACGGCCUCACCCAGCUGGACCUGUGUCCCGGCGGCCGCUGCGUCGUCCUGCCGGCUUCCAACAGUCCCUACUUCAUCGUAUCCGAGGCCCAGGCGGCUGCCAUCAACGAGGCGCUGGGCGGCCUGGACAUUGGCCAGCCGGGCGCGGCCGUGCUGGACUGUACCACCCUCUACAGACUGCCGAACCUGACCAUCACUGUGGGCGGCCGCGCCAUGGUGCUCGGACCGCUCGAGUACACGUUCCUGCUGCGCUUCGAGGGCGGUCUCCAGAUGUGCGUCUCUGGCUUCCUGGGCUUCCCAGGCGUGGACGAUCACACCAUGCUGCUAGGCACACUCUUCAUGCAGAAAUACUAUAUCGCCUUUGACAGGGAAAAUAACAGACUGGGCUUCGCUGACAGCGCAUAAGAGGAAACGUUGGCUUUGAAUCCUACGGGUGCUGACAACUCACCGAGGCGACUUUCUUACCGCGUAUGUUUUCGUUUAUAUCGAGUCUCUAUCGGUAUGGGUCGUAGCAUGUAAUACAAAACGCCAAUGUACCUAAGCGGUUCUUACUUCUGUUUUUUUUCUUUAUUGUGCAUGGCUAUUGCCCAAUGCUCAUUGCUUAUGAUGCUAUAUGUUAUAGGACAUGUCAAAUAUCAAUAGGCAUUUAUAAUAAAAUUUUGUUGUUA